AAUCCUGGAUAAUUUUCUCUGGUUUAUAAAAACCAGUGAGUGUUUGAUUUUGAUUGUCAAUAUUGCUUUCUGUGUUUAAAAUGUCUUUUUUUCGUUAUAAAAUGUUGUUGUUGUUGUUGUCGUUAUUGUUUUUGAUUCAAGAAAAAUUUUCCGUUGAAACCCAAACAAUUAAUGAUGAUUCAUUAGCAAUAUAUCCAUGGCCCACUGAAACAAGAGAAACAUUAUCAUUAGAUGGUAUUUGGACAUUUCGUAUAACAGAUUAUUCAUUCAAUAAUGAAUUAUAUGGUUUUCAGCAUCAUUGGUUUAAUCAAUCAUUAGAUUUGAUUGAUGAACAUUAUGAACGUAUGCCAGUACCAUCAAGUUUUAAUGAUAUAACUGAAAAACGUAAAAUACGUGAUUUUGUUGGUUGGUCAUGGUAUGAUCGAAAAUUUUUUCUACCAAAAAAUUAUCAUUCAAAUGAUAAUGAUAUUAUAAUACGUUUUGGUUCGGUUAAUUAUAAAGCUAUUGUUUGGAUUAAUGGUAAUCAUAUUAUGAAUCAUACAGGUGGUCAUUUACCAUUUCAAACAAUUAUUAAAAAAGAUUAUCUUCAUAUGGAUAAUGGUAAUGAAAAUCAUAUUACAGUUGCUGUUAAUAAUGAAUUAAGUCAUAAUACAAUACCACAAGGAUCAUAUAAAAUUAAAAAUGAUACACGUACCAAAUCCAAUCGAAAAUUUAUUGAAUCAAAUUUUGGUUUUGAUUUUUAUAAUUAUGCCGGUAUACAACGUUCGGUUUUAUUGUAUUUUGUACCGAAAAUUCGUAUUACCGAUCUUACAAUUAUAACCGAUGUUAUUGAUCAGAAUAAUGGUAUUAUUCAUUUUAAUGUAACAACAAAUAUUCAACAACAACAACAAGAUAAAUUCAUUGUUCAAAUAGAUGUAUUUGAUCGUUAUGGUAAACUAGUGAAUAGUUCAUCAGGGAAAUCUGAAGGUUCAUUAAUAAUACCAAAUGUACAUUUAUGGUGGCCAUUUACAAUGCAUUCUGAACCUGGUUAUCUUUAUCGUAUGUCAAUAAGUUUAUAUCAUUCAAUUGAAAUGAAUAAAUUAAUUGAUCGUUAUUAUCAAAAUAUUGGUAUACGAACUAUUCAUAUUGAUAAAGAAAAUUAUCAAUUUUUAGUUAAUGGACAGCCAUUUUAUUUUCGUGGUUUUGGUAAACAUGAAGAAUAUGAUAUUAGGGGUAGAAGUUUAGAUCCAGUUAUGAUUAUUAAAGAUUUUAAUCUUAUUAAAUGGAUUGGUGCAAAUUCAUUUCGUACAAGUCAUUAUCCAUAUUCGGAACAAAUAAUGGAUGAAGCUGAUAUACAGGGUAUUGUUGUUAUCGAUGAAUGUCCUGCUGUUGGUUUAUCCGCAUUUAAUCCGAUAUUAUUAAAACAACAUUUACAAACAAUUCGUGAAAUGAUUGAAAGAGAUAAAAAUCGUCCAUCAGUAUUUAUGUGGUCAAUUGCAAAUGAAGCAUCAUCCGGUAAAAUUGAAUCAGAAAAUUAUUUUCAAAACGUUUCCGAAUUAGCCCGGCAAUUAGAUCAAUCAAAUCGACCAAUAACAGCUGCUGAUAAUCAAUAUAAUCAAGAUUAUUUACCACAAUUUUUAGAUGUUAUUAUGAUUAAUCGUUAUUAUGGUUGGUAUAGUGAUACGGGUUAUCCACAAAUAAUCAAAGAAAAUUUAAUCAAUGAUUUUAUAAGAAUAUGGAAAAAAUAUCAAAAACCAAUAAUGAUUUCGGAAUAUGGUGCCGAUACAAUUAGUGGUAUGCAUCAACAACCAAGUAUUAUAUUUACUGAAGAUUAUCAAUCCGAGAUAAUGAUUGAAAGUCAUCAAGCAUUUGAUCAAUUACGUUCGAAAGGAUUUUUUAUUGGUGAACAUAUAUGGAAUUUUGCCGAUUUUAUGACACAACAAUCAUUAACAAGAGUUGGUGGUAAUAAAAAAGGUAUAUUUACCCGACAACGACAACCAAAAACAUCGGCAAGAUUAUUACGUUGUCGUUAUUGGAUGUUGGCUAAUAUUACCAAUCAUGAUUAUCAUGACGAUGAACAUAGUCAAGGUUUUAGUUAUUGUCCAAAUGUUCAAUAUUUUUGAUUUUUCUAAUUUUUGAUAUAAAAACUCAAUAAAAUUCAUUUAUUUCA